AGUUGAUCGAUGCGAAAAAGAUGGCUACGCGACCGAACGACCGUAUUUUUGGAGUGCUAGGUGCUCGUAGUGAGAUCGCGCCUUCUUUUUCAAACGGCUGAGACUUCAGUAUUAGCUUGCGUGUUCUUGUACGCAUACACGACCCCUCAUCUUCAUAUUCCACUUAUUUGGCCCACUCGCUGCCUAUGGAGCCGGAGACAUUAUAACAGUAAUACCAUAGAUUCGUGACCAUGCCCAAAAACGCACACCCGCCGCGCGGCAAGCCUGCGAAGAAGGCACCUCCACCUGAAGAGGACAAUAGCUGGAUUGUCUUCGGCGACGGGAAACCAAAGAAGAAGAAAGGCGAGAGCUCGGCCCAGAAUGAUGACAAGGGAAAAGGAAAGGGCACUGCUGGGCAGGCUGAGGAGGGACCUAAGAAGCCUGACACCAGGACCCUGAUUGCUGGAGCGUCUUGGACAGGCAAGCUGCCUGUUAACCUGUUCUCAGAGCACCUCCAGAAACAGCAUUGGGACCGGCCUGACUACAGAAUCCGCAAGGAUGGCGACAAGCAUUUCGCAUACGCUGUGGUUCUCUCGAAGAAAAACCAGAAGACGCAGGAAGUCACGACUCUUCCCCCAAUCAAGAUCCCGACCGAGCUCGAAGAAUCCGCCCAUCAGCCCACCGCUGUCGAAGCGCGCAAUUUCGCUGCCGCUUACGCUCUCUUCCGUGUCGCAAGCGCGAAGAACCUGCAUAUGAUGCUGCCUCCUACGUACAAAGACUUGUGGAAAGGGCAGUUUCAAGAGCUCAAGAAACGAGAUGAGAAGGAGGGAAAAGGCUGGAUGUAUGAAGCAGACCCAUUCUUCGGCUUUGCAGAGCGAGAAAAGGCCAAGGCAGUCGCUGCGAAGGAGCGAGAAAAGAAACAGAAGCAGCAGGAGGAUGCGAAGAAAGCGCAUAACCUGAAGCCGGGCAUGUCUAUGCCGAACGCUGAAGGCUCGUGGACUGGACCUGCAAAGAACUUGAUGAGAGGAUGGGAACGCGUACCGAAGGUUGAGCUUGGGAAAAGAACAAGGCAGCAGGUCGAGCGUCUCAUCCGCCGUGACGCGCUCUGGAACCCAAAUGCCAUUCAGAUGGAUAAACAUACCCGGAUACGGCUAGAGGACGAGAUCACUGACCUUGGUUUCCGCCGAAGUCACGUUGAAGAGGCUGCCGACAUCUGCAAGGACCGAGAGGAGAUUCUUGAGUGGCUGCUGAUUCAUGUUCCGGAAGAUGAUUUGCCCUCUUGGAGUUUGCCCGAAGGCUAUGUGGCCGGCGUCAGCAUGGCUAGUUCUAAUCUCAAACGAGAGGGCGCAGUCAAACGCCUGGCUGCGGCCGGCUACUCUACCGAGCUCUGCGAAGAGGCAUACGACAGUCAAGGCGGAGAUGAGAGAAGAGCCGCUGCUUUGCUUCAGGCUCGUCUCCUGCGACCGGACGAUGAUGAUAAGGACAUUGCGCAGGAGCUGGCGGAUCUUGCCAUUGCAGAAGAACCAGAAGAGGUACCAGAAGACGAUGCCUGGGAGACUGAGAUGUCUUCGUUGGAGGCCAUCUACGAUAAGCUUUUCUCUCGUCCGUCACCCACAAUGUGCCGUGUUGAGCUUGACAUCAAGCAACAAGGGAAGCGCCUGAUCCUGCAAGCCAGGAAACCCUUCGGGCCUUAUCCGGCUGUUGCACCUAUCGUCACUUUUGAAGCUGCUAUCCCCGCAUACAUCCGGCUCAGUAUAAUUAGAAAAGCGUUGCUGCACGCCGAGGAGAACUUCAUUGGAAUGCCGAUGAUAUACGACGUUAUAGAUUGGGUGCAGCAGAACGCAGGGGAGAUUUUCAAGAAUCCAGGUCGACUGGCCGAUGUCUCAUCUGGACUCGCUGCAGCAGAUCAUUCUGUAGAGCCACAGAAUCAGAACAAGAGAAGGAAAGAUAGAGGUCGCAGACCGAUCGACUGGAAGCCAGCAACACCUGCGAGUCAACAGGUUCUUGCUGACUGGCAAGCCAGACAGGGCACACCAGCUCAGCAAAAGAUGAUGAAUGCACGGCAGUCAUUGCCAGCUUGGAGGUUGAGGGAUGAAAUUGUCCAAACAGUCAACCGAUGCAAUGUAACCAUCAUCUCUGGUGAGACUGGUUCUGGCAAAUCGACCCAGUCAGUGCAGUUUGUCUUGGAUGAUUUGAUACAAAGACAAUUAGGUGCUGUUGCAAACAUCAUCUGCACCCAGCCGCGAAGGAUUUCUGCUCUCGGUCUUGCCGAUCGUGUUGCUGAUGAAAGGUGUGGCCGAGUCGGGGAUGAAAUCGGUUAUACGAUCCGUGGCGAGUCAAAACAGAAGCCAGGUGCGACCAAGAUCACAUUUGUCACUACUGGUGUUCUUCUCCGACGGCUCCAGACAUCCGGUGGCGGCGCUGAUGAUGUUGUUGCUGCACUUGCUGAUGUCAGUCAUGUUGUGGUUGAUGAAGUGCACGAGCGCAGCCUCGAUACCGACUUCCUGCUUGUGCUUCUUCGGCAGAUACUGCGCACCAGAAAGGACCUGAAGGUUAUCUUGAUGAGCGCAACACUGGACGCAGACGUCUUUGAGGCUUAUUUCAAACAAGUAGGCCCAGUGGGCCGUGUUGAGAUUGCUGGUCGGACUCAUCCUGUGACAGACUUCUACGUUGACGAUGUCAUGCAAUUCACAGGCUUCAGGGGCUAUGUUGGCGAAGAUGAUGACUCACAGGAGAAGUCUUUUUCCGCAAACCUUCGAAGCAUCGGGUUUGGCAUCAACUACGAUCUCAUCGCCGAAACUGUUGCAUACAUCGAUCACCAACUUGGAGAUAAGGAUGGCGGCAUUCUCAUCUUUUUGCCUGGUACCAUGGAAAUCGAUCGAACGAUACAAGCCUUGAGCAAUUUUUCGAAUCUUUAUGCCUUACCAUUGCAUGCUUCGCUUCUGCCUGCUGACCAGAAACGCGUCUUUCCCCUGCCUCCAGCUGGCAAGAGAAAGGUCAUUGCAGCAACCAACGUGGCAGAGACUUCGAUCACGAUCGAGGAUAUCGUCGCGGUCAUCGACACUGGCCGUGUCAAAGAGACGAGCUAUGAUCCACAAAACAACAUGGUCCGACUUGCUGAGACGUGGGCAUCAAGAGCCGCAUGCAAGCAACGUCGUGGCCGUGCAGGUCGUGUACGAGCCGGCGACUGCUACAAACUAUACACACGCAACGCUGAGGCUAAGAUGCUGGAACGACCUGAACCCGAAAUCAGGCGUGUUCCUUUAGAGCAGAUGUGCCUGUCUAUCAAGGCUAUGGGUGUACAAGACGUCUCCGGUUUCCUCGCCUCAGCCCUCACGCCACCCGAAAGUACCGCAGUGGAAGGUGCGGUCAAACUGCUUUCGCAGAUGGGCGCCAUUACCGACAACGAGCUCACCGCGCUUGGUCGUCAUAUGUCUAUGAUUCCUGCUGACCUACGUCUGAGCAAGCUUCUCGUUUAUGGUGCAACGUUCGGCUGCCUUGAAGCCGCUCUCACCAUUGCGUCGGUAUUGACUGCUCGCAGUCCUUUCAUGUCACCCCGCGAAAGAGAUCAAGAUACUAGGAACGAAUUCGAUCGUCUCCGCGCCUCAUUCUCAGCCAACCAAGGCGACCUCCUUGUCGACCUUCGCGCAUACGAACAAUGGGCUGCGUUCCGUAGUAAGGGCGUCUCAACCCGUGAUCUAAAAUUCUGGUGUCAGGACAACAAGCUCAACCUUCAGACUAUGUUUGACAUACAGUCCAACCGCUCCCAGUACCUCUCCUCCCUCAAAGAGAUCUCUUUCAUACCAUACAACUAUGCAUCGAACAACCCGUCAACGCAAGGCGCGUACAAUGCCCAAAAUGGCAAUGACGCCCUCCUGCGCGCCCUUGUGGCCGGUUCCUUCAACCCACAGAUCGCACGUAUUCAACUCCCAGACAAGAAGUUCGCCGCCGGUAUCGCUGGUGCCGUUGAACUAGAUCCCGAGGCGAGGGAGAUCAAGUAUUUCAACCAAGACAAUGGUCGCAUUUUUGUUCACCCCAGCUCUACACUCUUCUCGAGCCAGACCUUCCCUUCGAAUGCUAGCUUCGUGGCUUAUUUCAACAAGAUGGCGACUAGCAAGGUCUUCAUCAGAGACAUUACGCCGUUCAAUGCAUACAGUCUGCUCAUGUUUGCUGGACAGAUUCAGGUCGACACGCUGGGCAGAGGAUUGGUAGUCGACGAGUGGAUAAGGCUGAGAGGAUGGGCAAGGAUCGGUGUGCUGAUUUCAAGAUUGAGGGGCAUGUUGGAUCAGGUUCUCCAAAAGAUGGUGAAGGAGCCUGGUCAGGCCAUGGGUCAGAGAGAGAAGGACGUUGUGGAGGUUGUGCGAAGAUUGGUGGAAAGGGAUGGCUUAGACGCCUAGAUCCAAUUUGCAAUCGGCGAGUGUUAUGCUAGAUGACAUAGUUAUUGAACAGUCGUGCUGAAGAUCAAUGUCAGUGCGGCGUCUUUGCUGUCUC